AUCAGAUCAUCGCUAGCAACGCCCUCCACCGGGCCUGUUUUCGCUCGGCGGUAGCCUUCCUGCCAGUUCUCCCCAGGCUCCAGGCUGAAGGGAUUCCCACCCCUAGCUGCCUCCCGCGAGCCCCGCGGAGCCGCGGACUCCUCCCCUGGAAACUCCUCCGGGGCUGAGGAAGGCUUUGGCGCAUGCUCCGUACCUAGGGCAGGUUUUUUUGCUGCGGGUAGCAGGGCUCUUGUCACACCGGCUGGCGGGUUGUGGCGGUGCCAGCCCGCGUGAGCGAGUGUGUGCGCGUUGCCUGCGCCUGGGCGGGCGGACCCGGAGCAGUAGUGCGAUUCGCCCGGGAGGCGGCUCCGCAGAGGCGUCUUGCUCACCGCCGCCGAGGGGCGGCUUUGCAAACUUGCGGCGGGCUGCGGGCGCCCGGGGACCCGCGGGAGAAGGUGCGGGGCGCGGCGCACAAGGAGAGCCGGGGCUGCGGGGCCGGGCCGAGCCUUCGCCCUUGGCCCGCGCCCUGGCGAGCCUCAUGAAGUCCCUGUGCUCGCCGCCGCAGCUGCCCCGGGCAGGUCCGGGGCUCGAACCCUGCACCCCAACCCCCGAGCGUCUACGGACCGGCGGCGGGAUGCUUCGUGUCGCCUGAGAGCGCCGCACCCCGGCACGAGAGGAGCGGGCUGGAGCCCGGCGCCCCAGGGAUUCCGAGGAACCCCACGCCACUGCCGCCGCCGCCGGCGCCCGUCUUCCCGGCUCCGCUCCUAGGCCCCGGCUCCGCCAGCCCCGGAGUGCGGCGGGGCAGCCAGACAGUCACGCUCUUCGGCGGUAGGGGCAUGGAGGAGCGGCGGGCUCCGAGCCGCGCCCCGGAGUCCCCGAAACUUCCGAGCAGGCGCUCCAUUGCGCCGCUGCCGCCGCAGCCACCUCACCUGCCGGCCUGAGAGCGGGACCAUGGAUGAAAGGUUCAACAAGUGGCUGCUGACGCCGGUGCUCACUCUCCUCUUCGUGGUCAUCAUGUACCAGUACGUGUCCCCUUCCUGCUCCAGCUCCUGCACCAACUUCGGGGAGCAGCUCCGCUCGGGGGAGGCUCGCCCGCCCGCUGUCCCGAGUCCUGCCCGACGAGCACAGGCACCCCCGGAUGAGUGGGAGCGGCGGCCCCAGCUGCCACCACCACCCCGGGGACCGCCCGAGGGGUCUCGUGGGGUCGCGGCUCCGGAGGAUGAGGAUGAGGAUCCCGGAGACCCGGAGGAGGAGGAAGAGGAGGAGGAGGAGCCGGACCCCGAGGCGCCCGAAAACGGCUCCCUGCCCCGGUUCGUGCCGCGCUUCAACUUCACCCUGAAGGACCUGACCCGCUUCGUGGACUUCAACAUCAAAGGGCGCGACGUGAUCGUGUUCCUGCACAUCCAGAAGACCGGGGGCACCACGUUCGGCCGGCACCUGGUGAAGAACAUUCGCCUGGAGCAGCCAUGCAGCUGCAAAGCUGGCCAGAAAAAGUGCACCUGCCACCGGCCGGGCAAGAAGGAGACCUGGCUCUUCUCCCGCUUCUCCACCGGCUGGAGCUGCGGGCUGCAUGCCGACUGGACCGAGCUCACCAACUGCGUGCCGGCCAUCAUGGAGAAGAAGGAUUGUCCCCGCAAUCACAGCCACACCAGGUAAGAAAUGGUGAUUUUUUUUUUUGCUGGUUAUGUUUUGUCCUGUGUUGGAGUGACAUAUGGCUACAAACAUUAAUUACACGUGGCUGAGAAUUCACAACUCUACUUGAAUACUGAUACCUCUAAAAUGAAAACUUUGAAAUUAUUGGUGACAUACUUUAGACAGUCAUUUGAAUCAUGCAUUUGUUGGUAUUUGUACACUAAGGCACUUGAGAAAUGAGUCCCCCGAAGUUAGUCUGUAAAUUGAUUCAUUGUUCCCCAUUGACUAAUGCCUAACUUCUGAUUGAACGGCAAUUCUGCCUCGUGCCUUCAAAUGAUGAAUUCUAGUUUCUUCUCUGUCAGGUGGAUGAUUAUUUAUAAAGAUUAGAAAAAUGAACUUGGUGGGUAGAAUCAGGCCAUGAAGACUUUUGUCAAUCAAAUCAUCAUUUUGGUGAUGAAAGAUCAGGAGCGUUUGUAUGGUACUUCUUGAAGUAGAGCAUGUGUGUAAAAUGAUUCUUUCGGUUAGUGUGAGUGCCUCCAUUUUACUCCAUACAUUUGAUCUUCUCUCUCUUGCAUGUAAGUAUAUUUUAUGCAGGUUACCUUGGAAUUGGGGGGAGGGGUGUGGAUUAUUUUUCAAGAAUGGAUACUUAAUAGUACCGCUGUCACAUGUAAGUUAAUGACCGAGAUACUUUCUGAGAAAUGUACUCUUAAAGAAUUACAUCAUUGCAUGAACAUCGAGGACUGUAGUACCCAAACAAUGUGUCAUAGUUACCUUGUCAGAGCCAAGUGUAAGCUGUCACACUUCAAAAUGUUGUUAGAAGGGUUGGGACUGUAUGUACAACAGUUUGUAUGCCUUACUGCUUGAAGAUGCAGAAUAGCAGUGUACAUCAUAUUUCGAUGUUUGUUUGUUUACCUUGGAUUUUUGAGUCCCCAGAUGACUCAACCUCCAUAUGUAGUCAAGGAUGGUCUUGAUCUCCUGACCCUCCUGUACAGACCUCCUAAGAUUUAGAAUUUCAGGCUCACUGUACCAAACCAGCAAAGGAAGGAAUUCUCAGUGGUAUUUGUGAGGUAAAUGAAAUAAUAUUUUAAUGGAUGUGCUGACCAAAGCAUUCUUAGAGAGUCCCUAAGAGAUAUCUUUAUAUUACUGACACAAAAGACAAUGGACGUUCUAGUCUGUUUAGCUUUUGCCCCCAAAGAGCAGCAUUUGAAGUUACAAUUUGACAUUAUAACUUCAGCUUUCGCCCAAUCUUUUUAUAGCAAAACGAAAGCUUUAAGAACGAACUACACUAAGUAAACUGCUCUUCACGUUAAUUGGUAGCUCUUAAUUCAUCAAGACACAUAAUAAACUCAUAAAAUGCUGCUCUAUGGAUAUUUUUCUAAAUAUACAAACAUACGUUUUUUUCAAAUGAUUAGAAAAUAAAACAAAACGCUGUUUCUAUUUUUGGCUACCAACUAGGAAACAGAAUUAAAUCUUGGGCAUAACUAUACUAAUUCUCACCCUAAUAUCUGCAGAAAGUCCUUUUGUUUCCUAAUAUUUUUCUCUUUUCUAAAAAUUGGGGGAAAAAAACACCAUUUUCUGUAGCCUGGCUCACAUGUGCUAAGAUUUUGUGUCUCUUUCUCUGGGGAGGUUUGUAAGCGUUAAGUAACAUUAACAUGAGUCACAGUAGCUAGUAUUCUAUGAGAGUUCGCUGGCAGUGUUGUCAGAAUAACUUGUAUGUAGACAUGUAAACACUUGGUCUCGGUCUUCUUCAUCUUCUUCCCUUCUUCCUCUCCCUCCUCUUUCUAUGCCCUGGAACUCUUAAUCCUUUUCUUUCUCCUCCUCCUAGUCUUCUGAAAUCUGUUUUCUUGAGACAUGCUUCUGCUGUGUAACCUUAGGUGUCCUAGAGUUUACUAUAUCGGCUGCCUUCUAACCUACUGCCUCAGCUGCCCAAGUGCUCGAAUGUUAGGAUGCACUUCCAUGUUACCUUCUGUUGGGACUUUAAGGGAAUCCAUUGUUUACCAGAUAACUGCUUGCAGAGCUCCUUCAAUCAACCUUUGGGCUCUUUUUCCUACUUAGCAUUUAUGUCUCUCCCUGUGUGCAAAAGCAAAUUGCACUUCGCUGUCUUCUACAGGAGAGAGUAGCAUCAUGCAACUCUUCCUCUCAGAUUUAACUCUUAGGCUUCCUUGUCCUAAGAAAGGAGCCUAGAGCUCGAUCGAAUACUACACACGAGGGACUGCAUUCUGUUUUUCUCUAAGAGUUGCUUCUUUUGCUGGCAUAAGCAAUAAUUACAAGCAAAGACACAAGUUAUUGGAGUUAAAUCUUUAAACAAUUUUAUAUUCAAUAGUGACUAAGUACAGUUUAAUAAGAGCAUCAGAAAAAGUUACCCCAGACAUAGGACCUUAAUCCUAUAAUUGUUUUAGGUUUAGGACAUAUAGAAAAAGAAAAUUAUCUGACAUAUUUUUAAACAAACAAUUAUUUGUUGCAAUCAUAAAAUAGUUACAUAAUUUUCUCAUUCCUUUUCCUCCCUCCAAACUUUCCAUGUAGUCCCUUUGCUGCUCUCUUUCAAAACCAUGGCCUCUUUCUUUAAUUGUAGUUGUUGUUGUUGUUGG